ACAGCUCUAAACUUAGAUACACAUACAAUUGUGCAAACAAUAAUCAAAACUGUAUUGUUUUUUUUAGAAAAUCUGUUUAAAUAUGCACUGACUAAAGAUUUUUGUUAAAUCGGUUAUAUGCGACAUUGGAAGUUUCAUAGUUUCUGUUUCUUUAUUCUGAGGCAAAUUGUUGCGAGCCUUAGUAUAGCCACGAUGGAUCCGUUCGAUGUUUCAGAUAGGAACAGCUGGUACUUUGGUCCCAUGUCCCGACAAGAAGCCACUGAAGUAUUAAUGAAUGAGCGUGAACGAGGGGUAUUUUUGGUUCGCGACAGUAACUCAAUAGCAGGGGAUUACGUCCUUUGCGUAAGAGAAGAUACAAAAGUUAGCAACUACAUCAUUAACAAAGUUCAACAACAGGAUCACUUCGUUUACCGCAUAGGGGAUCAAUCUUUUGAUAAUCUACCGAAACUAUUAACAUUUUACACACUUCAUUACUUGGAUACAACCCCUCUAAGAAGACCUGCUCUCAAAAAAGAGGAAAAAGUUAUAGGAAAGUUCGAUUUUCAUGGCAGCGACCAAGAUGAUCUGCCGUUUCAAAGAGGUGAAAUUCUUACUGUAAUUCGAAAAGACGAAGAUCAAUGGUGGACUGCCCGAAAUUCGUCUGGGAAAAUUGGGCAAAUACCGGUUCCUUAUAUAUGUCGGCAUGAUGAUGAUGAAGAUCCCCUUAAAAAUGUUGACUUAAAUUUUCGUGGAAGCACACUAAAGAGGACGGAUUUAAACCGAAAACUGCCUGCAUACGCCCGCGUAAAACAGUCAAGAGUUCCAAACGCCUAUGAUAAGACUGCAUUGAAAUUGGAAAUUGGUGAUAUAAUUAAAGUCACUAAAACAAAUAUUAAUGGACAAUGGGAGGGGGAAUUAAAUGGAAGAAAUGGUCACUUCCCAUUCACGCACGUUGAAUUUGUCGAUGAUUGUGAUUUAGGCAAUAACUCCACAGAAAUACGGUAAAUGCCGGUACGACCGAAUGGAUAAAACAAUGAACCUACCCGCAUCAUUUUUGUUUUUAAGUUAACUGUAUAAAAAUUAAGUUGCAAACCAAUUGUUAACAUAAUCAGAAAAUUAAAUAAUCAAUUCUUUAAAGGAACACUCAAAAA